UUUUUGCUUCCUUUCUCUUAUUCAAGCUUCUUUUACAGGAAGCUGAUAUUGCUCUGUUCUGUUCUUUGAGAAUCGAAUAUGAUAGCCAUAACAUUUCUUUUAGUUAUCUGCUUAGCGAACUCAGUUAACUCGGAGAAUAACAAGUGCCAAGGCUCCUGCGUGACCAGUAAUUUCUCGACACCACUACCCUUUCCAUUCGGAUUCUCACCGGGAUGCCCCAUCCAAUUCAACUGUACCCCAACUGGUGUCCGGAUUGGAGAAUUCGGUGUCCUCAACAUAACUUCCGAGGCCAUCAUCAUCGACCUUCCCGCCAAAUGCAACCGACCGCUUGCUUCAAUCUCCGUUCUCUUUGAUGGAAACUACGCGCUUUCCGUGGAUAACAGUCUUCUGCUCCAAAACUGUUCCGAGCCCUUACCAUCUCCUUGUGAAAUAAGGCCAAUGUUUUUAGAAAGAUCAUUUAGAGUUAACCCGUGCGUUGCCAGGAGUGAUAACAUAAGCUGUUUUAGCGGCGGUGGAAGCGACGUUCGUCGGCUGUUGAGUUUUGAGGAAGUCAAUAACACGCAGUGCCGAUUCUUGUUUUCCUCCGCUUCCAUUGUUGUUGACUCUGCAAGGAACUCAGCGGUUUCUUUGGAUUUGGAACGUGUUAACUUGGAAUGGUGGGUUAAAGACUGUAAUUGCGAUCCGAAUGCUAACAGAACGGAUGUUAAGAAUGGUAACAAUACGGUGGGGUGCAGGUGCCUUUGCAACGAAGGGUUUGAAGGAGAUGGAUUCAAAGAUGGCGGCGGUUGCCGGAGAGUGUCUCACUGCAAGGCUUCAAAAUACAGUUCUGGCAAAUGCUGGGGACCUGCAAGAGUCGGUGUUCUGGUUGGAGGGCUUGCUGGUGGAGUUUUACUAGUAGGUGCUGUGGCUCUUGUAUGUUUCUAUUUGCGACAACGUUCUAAUUCCAUCAACAAACAAAUGAGUGCAAAGCGUCUUCUGUCAGAAGCUGCAGGCAACUCGAGUGUUCCUUGCUAUGCCUAUAGAGAUAUUGAAAGAGCUACUAAUGGCUUCAGUGAUACACAGAGACUGGGGACUGGAGCCUAUGGUACAGUUUAUGCAGGAAAACUCCAGAAUGAUGACUGGGUUGCCAUAAAAAGGUUCAGAUAUAGAGAUCCUGAUAGUAUUGACCAAGUAAUGAAUGAAAUUAAGCUCCUCUCCUCUGUCAGUCACCCGAAUCUUGUCCGCCUCAUAGGUUGCUGCAUAGAGGAUGGUGAACCUAUCCUGGUAUAUGAGUUUAUGCCUAAUGGAACCUUAUCUCAGCAUCUACAAAGAGAGAGGGGCCAAGGACUUCCAUGGACCAUAAGGCUCACCAUAGCUGCUGAAACUGCCAAGGCUAUUGCCUAUCUUCACUCGGUGAAUCCGCCUAUUUUUCACCGAGAUAUAAAAUCUAGCAAUAUUCUCUUGGAUUACAACUACAGAUCCAAGGUGGCUGAUUUUGGUCUUUCCAGGCUUGGGAUGACGGAAUCAUCCCAUAUCUCCACUGCCCCUCAAGGAACUCCAGGGUAUCUUGAUCCACAAUACCACCAAUACUUCCAUCUUUCGGAUAAAAGUGACGUAUACAGUUUUGGGGUUGUUCUUGUGGAGAUAAUAACUGCAUUGAAAGUGGUCGACUUCUCGCGUGGUCAUAGUGAGGUAAACUUGGCUGCACUUGCUAAUGAUAGGAUAGGAAGAGGCUGCGUGGAUGAGAUAAUUGAUCCGUACCUCGAUCCACAUAGGGAUGCUUGGACACUUUCAUCAAUUCAUAAUGUGGCUGAGCUAGCAUUUAGAUGCCUUGCUUCUCAUCGGGACAUGAGGCCCACCAUGAGCGAAGUUGCCGAAGAGCUGGAACAAAUCAGGCUCAGCGCUUGGGUUCCGGGCAUGUGCAUUGAAUCACCAACAGCUUCUUCCUCGGAUGAGGAAAGUGAGAAAUCUUUUAGUAAGUCAACGAAGAAGUCUGACAUAGGAAGUCGGAGAGUGGUGAUUGUGAAGCAAAGGGAAGGAGAGUGUUUAACUACUUCGUUAGAUGAAGUAAAAAAUAGAUCUCCUAUAUCAGUACAAGAUCAUUGGUCAAGUGUACAAAGCUCACCUUCAACGAACAGCUUGUUGGGUAAUUCAUCUCGGCGAGAAUGAGACCUAAACCAGAACUGUUUUGUGAAUACUCUAGUCCCAUUCAAUCCUAUAAAAUUUUUCUUUUCACAAAAUGCUUUUUAAUGUUUAAACCUGUAAGUGUUGUACUUGGAUUAGUAAAGUGAUUACUCGUUUUGUUUGAAAGAUUGUUAUGUUCCUCAAGGGCACUCCUAUCAGCCUACUCUUUAUCAUCUUAAAAUACCAUCAACAAGCUUCUAUGAUACCAGCAAGCGUGUUUUGAUGAGUGCAAGUGCCGCAGAAACGACCUCAAUAAAAAAACUGCAAUUGAACCAUAACUCAGCAAAGGAGACGGCAGCAGUUGCUGGGUUU